GGCCUCCUCCUCUUUCGAUUGAAUUCGUUCUGCCGUUGCAUGGCACUCGUUUCCUUUGCUCGAGGCUCGAUGAGCUCGGGCACUACGAGACACAGAACCAGUUAGCCUUCGGAAGCUUGUGGUUGCUUUGGACCAGAUCGGAUGAGACCUACCGGAGGAGGUUUGAUUGUGAGGGAGGUACUUCGGUGUUGCGGAACGUUGAUAUUCUCGGGGUUGGGAUAGGUGUGAUCCGGUCGAACGUAGCUGCUGGUCCUCGUAUUGAGUGGUGAUUUGGUGAGAACAGCCAGUGGAGGUUGUAGCUGCUUUAGCAGUGAUGAUUCAAGGGAGAAUCUCUUAGGGAUCUGCAGGUAUCUCUUCCCCUUGGAAAGCUAGAAGGGUCUGAAUGAAGCGAAUUCUUGUGCCGAAUCUUUGUGAUCCGCCUGGGAUGGUAUCAACUGCACUUGGGAGGUUAGUGUACGUCUUCGAGACGAAAUGAAGCAUUCAGUAAGUUUUCUUCCCAAUUUGGUUUGGAGUUUUCUGUCAAUGCACUUGGGAGAGAACCCCUCACUCAAUGAGAAAUAGGGCUGGAGGAGCAGAUGUGGAGAAGAUUCUCGUUGUCAGCUACGAUUUAACACAAAGGGCGGCAUAAUUGAUUGACUGCCCAGGAUGGAACUCAUAGAGAUCUCGAUUCAACCUAUUCCUCUAUGUCCUUAAGGAAUUUGAAAUACUUCGGGGGUGAAGCUUGAAGCCUAGAAAACUCGUGCGGCCUUGACAGAUGCUCUAAGAUGAAGAUGGGACAACGAUCUUGCUUUUCGCUGGACGCUGACUCAGUUGAAUCUACCUACAUGAGCUCCUCGAAGAUAUUUCCCCGUCCUGAAAUCAUCUCUGUAAGUAGUAAGAUAUUGAAUGUUAGUCUCUCAAGAGAAAAAUUCAGUUCUCCGUCGGUCUCAGAUUCGUGGAACAUGAAACGGCGAGACAAAACUGUGGAAGAUUCUGAGGUUUCGUACACCGACACAGGACUUGAACGGCCAAAUCAACAAGGGAAGAGGAGAAUCUCGUCGUUGUCAUCUCGCAAAAAUUUUAGUCAAGGGACGGAUGGAUGGUUUUUUGGAAAGGUUUUCGAUCCUCAGAGCAAGGGAAUUCGGCGUUGUAAUCGUUUGUUCCUCCUGCUUUGUGCACUGGGCAUUGCCCUGGACCCGCUCUUCCUGUCCGUGCUAUCUAUUAACCCCAAGCUCUCAUGCCUAUAUGUGCAAAAAGGAUCUCUUAUCGCAUUAACAACUUUGCGAGCUUUGAUUGACUUCGGCUAUUUGUCACAGGUUUGGAUGCAGUUAAAAACUGCCUACGUUUCCAAAGAAUCUUUGGUGCUAGGUCGGGGGGAGCUGGUUUGGGAUGCCAAAAAAAUUGCCCGAAAUUAUCUCGUCCCCUUAUCGGGAUUUGCAUUUGAUAUGUACAUUAUCCUUCCCGUACCUCAGAUAAUGUUGUGGAUGGUCACUCCGCGGUUGAUUGAAAGCGGAAGAGAUCCUACAGAAUGUGUGACAUUCAUUCUCGUCACUUUCCUGGUGCAGUAUUUGCCCAAAGUGGUGCACACAGCUUUGGUGAUAAGGCGAUUGCAACAUGUAACAGGUUAUAUUUUUGGAACUGCAUCAUCGGGUUUCUUCCUCAACUUGAUCGCCUACUUUAUCUCUGCUCAUGUUGCAGGUUCUUUUUGGUAUCUUCUCACAGUUCAGCGAGUGGAGACUUGCCUCAGUUUUCAAUGUGGUGGAAUGGUCCAUUGUCCAUCUAUACCAUUUGCUUGUCCUCUACCGGUAUCAUUUGGUCACCAGCCAGACGAUUCCGCUAGAAUCACUUGGGCUCAGAACGCAAAUGUGCAAGGAUGUUUACAAGCCAAAGCCAAUGAUUUCUCCUACGGUAUUUACUUAUGGGCAGUGCCUUUAGUAACUGAUGGGCGAUUUCUUCAGAAAAUUCUUUACCCUCUUUUUUGGGGCAUCAUGACUUUCAGUUCUUUUGGAAAUGCAUUGGUUCCAAGUAACCACUUUUUUGAAGUCCUCUUUUCUAUCAUUGUAAUUACGUGUGGUCUACUUCUCUUUACGCUUCUCAUCGGCAAUAUCCAGGUCUUUCUACAGUCUAUUACAUCCAAAAAAUCAGAAAUGCAACUGCACAACCGUGAUCUUGAAUGGUGGAUGCGGCGAAGGCUACUUCCUCAUCGGCUGCGGGUACGUGUUCGACAACAAGAACGCUGCCGAUGGGCAGCAACUCGUGGUAUUGACGAAGAAUCAAUUUUAGCUAAUCUACCUGAAGGCCUUCGAAGAGAUAUCAAACGGCAUCUUUGUCUAGACUUGCUCCGAAAAGUCCCGCUAUUUGAACACCUUGAUGAUUUAAUCCUAAAUAACAUCUGCGACCGCCUGAAACCCGUUUUAUUCAUCAAGCAAGAACCGAUAAUAUAUGAGGGUAACCCAGUGCGCCAGAUUUUGUUCUUCGUGAGAGGGAAGGUCUUAAGCAUGUACAAAAUUCACGACAACAAAAUGAGUAACUGCACACUUGGCCCUGGUGAUUUUUUUGGAGAUGAACUUAUUUCUUGGUGUCUAAGCAAGUCGACUGGACGGCUUCCUCUCGCUAAUGCAAGUCUAAUCACAUUGGAAAUGACGGAGGCCUUCUCGCUUUCUUCCAACGACCUCAAAUACAUUACUGAUCAUUUCAGGUACAAGGUAGCUAGCGAACAACUAAAGAGAACCACUCGCUAUUACUCAACAACGUGGCGGAUGUGGGCUGCGAUGGCUAUCCAACUCGCAUGGCGAAGGUUUAAGGCUCAUCGGAGUAAAUUUUAUUCAGGCCCUUUGAACUUUGCCCCCCUUCAUGAUGGAAGUUCAGGACUUGAUGCUGCGCAACAGGAUAGGCUCCGAAUGAUUACAGCAAUGAUGACCUGUCCUAAACCCACAGACAACUGGGGGUUAAGAUGAUCUAGCUUAUUAGCGUGAGUUUCUACUCACGCAUUGCCGAAACCUUAUAUAGAUGUAUGCACCGUUGUGGGAUUCAUAAUCCUGUGCUCUACAGGGGCUGAGUACACAAAUUCCUCACGAGAGUCCCGUUGUGCCAUUCGGGGGUCUUCAGAUCCUGACAAAAGAGGCGAUCUGGCGGGCUACCACACUACUGUCCACUUUAAUUUAGUCCCAGAUUCGAAACUAAUAGACCGGAUGUUCGACAUAAUGACCCUGAAGCAGUGAUUCUCAUCACCUAAAAAUUGCAAUGGCGGAUUGUUGGCACGAUGACAUAAGCCCGGUCAAUGAGACUUAUUAUUUCCACAUGAUCUUCGCAUCGCAGCAAUUACAUUAACUAAGGUUUGCACUCUUGAGAUCUUGAAUGGUCCUUUAUUGAGGUUGUAUAGACGGGAGUAGAAUAUAAGAGAUCGUACAUAAACUGCAUAGCCAUCCCCAAGAUCAUCAAUAGAGUCCUACUGACUGGCAGGAGUCACGCUACAUGUGCACAGGUUCUCAUAUCUUAUAAUCCUGUAGGAUGAGUGAAUUUGGUAUCACUCUGUCUCCGUUUCAAUUAAUCAUUAUUCAAUUCAUCUGGCUUUUCAAUGA